GCAGGCCUGAACACAAAGAUGGAGUGUCAGAAAAUUGUCAAUUUUGGAAACCAGCUUCUUCGCCGGAAAAAUGUGGACUGUACUCGAGAACACAGUCAACUCUCACGAUGCCUCAACACAUUUGACUUAGUGGCUCUGGGUGUAGGCAGCACUUUGGGUGCAGGUGUCUAUGUAUUGGCUGGGGGUGUGGCACGGGAAAACGCGGGACCUGCCAUUGUUAUCUCCUUCUUGAUUGCCGCCUUGGCUUCAGUGCUGGCUGGACUCUGCUACGCAGAAUUUGGUGCUCGAGUUCCUAAGACAGGAUCAGCUUAUCUGUACAGCUACGUGACUGUGGGCGAGCUGUGGGCCUUCAUCACAGGGUGGAAUUUAAUCCUCUCCUAUGUUAUCGGAACCUCGAGCGUGGCCAGAGCUUGGAGUGCAACGUUUGAUGAAAUCAUAGGCCAGCAUAUUGAAAAAUUUUGUGAAAAAUACAUGACAAUGGAUGCUCCCGGAGUGCUAGCAAAAUACCCCGACAUCUUCGCCGUGGUGAUAAUCAUCAUCCUAACAGGGCUUUUAAUUUUUGGCGUGAAGGAAUCUGCCCUGGUGAACAAAGUGUUCACUUGCAUCAACAUCCUCGUCCUCGGGUUCGUCAUGGUCUCCGGCUUUGUGAAAGGGUCUGUUAAAAACUGGCAGCUGACCGAACAGGACAUUUACAACAUCAGCCACAGCAUUUAUGGAGCCAAUCUAACAGAGGAAGAAAAGCUCUACGGUGUUGGAGGGUUUAUGCCCUAUGGAUGGAAAGGAGUUCUCUCAGGGGCAGCCACGUGUUUUUAUGCUUUCGUGGGAUUUGACUGUAUUGCUACUACAGGCGAGGAGGUAAAAAACCCUCAGAAGGCUAUUCCUAUUGGCAUCGUGGCAUCUCUGCUCAUCUGCUUCGUGGCUUAUUUUGGCGUGUCAGCUGCCCUGACACUCAUGAUGCCUUACUACCAGCUGGAUACCAAUAGCCCUUUACCCAAUGCCUUUAAAUAUGUGCGGUGGGGUGGAGCCAAUUACGCAGUGGCUGUCGGUUCCUUGUGUGCGCUUUCUACAAGUCUCCUUGGCUCCAUGUUUCCGAUGCCUCGAAUAAUUUAUGCUAUGGCAGAAGAUGGACUUCUCUUUAAAUUUUUGGCUAAGGUCAACGAGAAGAGAAAAACUCCAGUAAUUGCAACAGUGACAUCAGGGGCCGUUGCAGCUGUUAUGGCCUUUCUCUUCGACUUGAAAGAUCUUGUGGAUCUCAUGUCCAUCGGGACACUCCUGGCUUACUCCUUGGUAGCAGCUUGCGUGUUGGUGCUGAGGUAUCAGCCGGAGCAGCCUAAUUUGGCAUACCAGAUGGCUAGGACAACAGAGGAGACGGAUAACAACGAGUCUGUGAGCACCAGUGAGUCGCAGACUGGAUUUCUGCCAGAGGAAGAGGAGAAAUGUUCCCUCAAAGCCAUACUGUGUCCCCCAAAUGCGGACCCUUCCAAGUUCUCUGGCUCGGUGGUGAACAUCUCAACCUUCAUCAUUGGUUUCCUUAUCGUGGUUAGCUGUAUCCUGACUGCCCUUGAGCCAAGCAUUCUGAUAAAGGCUGUAUGGAUUAUUGCUGCCAUCCUUGUUCUUGUUGUCAGCUUCAUUAUAUGGAAGCAGCCUGAAAGCAAAACCAAGCUCUCCUUUAAGGUACCUCUUUUGCCCCUUCUUCCUGUUGUGAGUAUUUUUGUGAAUGUUUACCUCAUGAUGCAGCUAGACCUAGGCACAUGGAUACGGUUUGCAGUCUGGAUGCUCAUAGGCUUUAUCAUCUACUUUACUUAUGGAAUAUGGCACAGCGUGGAGGCCACCUACACGGCCUCAGCAGAUGCGGAGAGAAACACGGACGCUGGUUUGGACAGCUGUAAAUGACGGCAUGUUUGGUUUACGGGCAAUUGGGGAAUCGCCGCAGUGAAGGAAGCUUUGUGGUGGGGAUCCUCAAUCAGGUGUAACCUGGUUCAUCAGUAAAGCAGGAAUAAGGAAGUGUAAUGCGGGACUCCCCAGCCCUGUUGCUGCAGCUUGCAGCUUGCCUAGUAGCACAGCUAAAGGGAUCACAAGGAAGAAAGCUGCACCUCUGGUAUACUCCCGGCAACACUGUCAGCUAAUCUGGGGCUACGCGCUUCCCUUCC